UACACUUUUUCAUCACAUGCUAUGAGUAAGAGUGCUUUUUCUAGCCAUCUCAAUGUGCAAAAAGUGCUUCAUACUUCACGUAGUAGGACUGUACAUUUACCCUCAAGUUACAAAGAAGCAAGAAGAUUACUAAAUCCUUUCCUUGUUAAAAAAGGCUCUUUUUGGCAUGUGUGAAUGAUUGUAUGGUGUUUGAUAAAGAUUCAGCAGACAGAUCUGGACCUGUACAACAAUGUUCCAGUUGUGGCUCUACAAAAACAAAACAUUUUUCAUACCUUCCAAUUGGUCCACGUAUUGCAAGGAUCUUCGGUGAUGAAAAUUUAGCAAAGUUGGUUCAAGUUCAUGGUCCGAAAUACCAGAAUGACAGUGAAGUGAUGUGGGAUAUUCAUGACUCUCAAGCUCGGAAAAACAUAUACUCAACAGAUGGAUAUUUUAAAGGUGAUUUUAGAGGACUGUCAUUUGCAUUUGAGGCUGAUGGUGUUAGUCCGUAUCAUAAUGUUGGAGUUCGCUACUCAAUGACACCAAUUAUGCUCACAUUAUUGAACCUCCCACGACAUAUCCGAAACAAUUUUGGAAACAUUUUACUGGUGAGGAUAAUACCUGGAAGCAAUCGGUCAGAGGCAUCUAAAUUAGACCCAUAUAUUGAGAUCAUGGUAGAUGAAUUGCUUUAUUUAACCGAAUGCAGUACUGUAGAUACAUACAGAAAGGCACCAGUGGAAAUUAAGAUUAAACUUCUCGUAUACAUUCUGGAUUACCCAGGACUUUCAAAAUUAUUCUGUCAACAUGGUAGUGCCAGUCUAAGUGGUUGCCAUUGGUGUCAUAUUCGGGGAAAAUUUUGCAAAACUUUGGACAAAGUCAUAUACCUGUCAAACAGAUCAUAUCUUUCUGCAAAAGAUUCUUUACGUAUGGAUACAGAGCACUUUGUUGACAAAACUCCAGAUCAAUCUGUACCACCAAAGAAACGUCAGAGCAGCGAAGAAAAUGAUUACCGUACGGCCUACUGCAGAGCAAACAAGAAAGUAAACAGAACUUUGAUUGCUGCGGCAACAGGAUAUAAAAGUCCCUAUGCCUUAGGAACAUUACCGGGUCAUUGCAGGCUAGAGGAAUCUUUACCUGAUGCAAUGCAUACCAUUAAAGAUGUAGUUCAUAACAUUAUGAAUCUUCUUGUAAACAAAGGGGUUGCUAUAGAUAAAAUUCAGCUAACAGAAUUGAACUAUGGUAGGAAUUUUUAUGAGAAAGAAACAGCAGAGCAGCAGGCAAUAGCAUGUAAUGGUGCCUGUACAGAAAUGGAGCAUGAAACAACUAAGGAUUGUGUUACCACUACAAGAACAGAGGAAAUGGGAUGUAGUACUACUGCACAAAAGAAAAUGAGAAGAACUCAGAAUCCUAGUGUAAAGCCAAGGUGUACAUAUGUUCUUAGCAGUGAUGAUAUAAAACUUGCAGAUGAAAGAGCUUGUAGUUUGCGUGUACCACUUGGAUUUAGGUUGAAGCCAUCACCAUUCAUAUUCAAGAACAGAAGUGCACUGAAAUCUCAUGACUACAAACAAAUAGCUUCGCAUGGUAUAUUAAAGUAUUGUUUACGGGGCUGUUUGUCGGAAAGAUGCAGAAGUUCAUUUUUCAGUCUAUUGGACAGCAUCUCAAAUAUCUGCUCUGAAAGCAUACAGCUAGACAACCUGGAUGAAAUGGAAUACAAUCUGAAUCGAUCACUUGCACUGAUGGAGAGAGAUUUUCCUGUGAGUUUACAAAAUAUAACUACCCAUAUUAUGCAUCACAUUGUGAAAGGAAUAAAACAGUUUGGUCCCAUAUAUGGGACCUGGAUGUUCACUUUCGAGAGAUUUAAUUCGUGGAUUUGCCGUAGAGUAUUCAACAAGAGACACCCAGAAACAACAGUUAUGGAAACUUACACCUUGUUUGAAUGGUGUAACUUCAUGAUUUCGACAAAUAUAAUGCCUAGUGAAAUGAAGUCUUUAUGGUGUGCAUCAGAGUUUAAUAACCAGGAUGACUUGGAACAGGAAAAAGAUGUUGGGCGUGAAGUUGUGCUUAGUAAGAGAGAAAUGAAUUCUUUUCAUCAAGCUGUCAACAAAGACCGAAAGUGCUUGAUUGUAUGA